AUGGCCGCAACUUGCCCCGUCCCGCCUGCUUCCUCCCUCCUCGCCGAUUCCUUCACGCCGCGGCUCCACUACAUCCUCACCGGCACCUUCAACACCCUGUUCCUCUACCUCCUCGCCUUCUUCCCGUACUCUCCCAACGGCCCAACCCUCACCGUCCACCGCCGCGUACGCGGAGAAGGCCCACACCAGUUUGUCGCGCUGAAUGAGGAGCGGGACAGGGCGUAUGUCACAACUUGGGCGCAGCCGCCGAGCUUGAGUAGCUGGGAAGUACUGGAGGGUGGGAGGGGAGGCGUGAGGAAGAUCAAUACCGUGCCAAUCUCCGCGACAGGUUCCUACCUUACCGUCUCCCCCUCGUCCCUCCCCUUCCCUACCCGGGUCUACCAAGCCGGCGGUCCCGUCGCCCAAACCUUCUCCCUCUCCCCCUCCUCACGUGGGUUCGACACCCAACUCCAGGAAGUAAUCUACCUCGACGGAGGAGAGAAGGAGCUUUGGGAUGAGAAGACGGAUCGUACGAGAGUUGCGUUGAGGUAUGGAAGUCAUGCGGUGGAUAUUGAUCCGGUUCGAGCGAGGGCGUAUGUUCCCCAUGUCGGCCGCGACUCGAUCUUCGUCUACUCUUUCAACGAAGACGGCACGCUCAACCACCUAGCCGAAGUACCGACGCACGGGAAACAGGGCCACGAAGGUGUGAGGCAUAGUAUACCGAGUAGGGAUGGGGGGAGGUUGUAUGUCGUUACGGAGCACACCUCCUACCUCGACAUCUACACGACCCACUCCUCCGCCCCCUACCUCUCCCACACCGCCCGCUACUCCGUCAUCCCCCCUUCGCUCAACUCAAUCCGGCAUCUCUACCGCGGCGACACCCUCCGACUCUCACACGACGGUCGGAGGCUGUACGUCACUACACGGGGAAAGACCGGGGCGCAGAGAGGGUGGGUGAGCGUGUUUGAGGUGGAUGAGAAGGGGGAUGUGCGCGUCAGGGAAGAGGAGGAGAAGGAGGAGGGAGUGAGAUAUGAGGCUUUGAGUCGUUUCGAGGCGAGGAACAGCGGUGGUAAAGCCCACGCGAUCGAGGUCUUCCCCUUCCACUGUUCCUCGACAGGUCAAGGCCACGAUUACCUCGUCUUCACCGACGACGAAGCAGGCCACGUCUCGAUUCUCGAGUGGAGGGACGAGUGGAGCGAGUUGAGGGAGGUUGCGGUUGUGCAGUUGGGGGUGGAUGCGCCUGUUGAGGGAGAGAGGAAGGGUCAGGUGCUUGAGGAGGAGAGGGGGACGGGGGCUAGUCAUGCGGUUUGGCUGAGCUAG